AUGGGGGCGCAGCUCAUGUUCUACAGGCAACAAGAUUACGUCUGCCAGCAGCGCGCCAAGCGCGCGGCAGCGGAUGCCAACAUGGCACAGGUCCUGGCGCUGCGGGGCCGCGCGAAGCUGCAGCAGGGCCUGUCGGGCCUCGCGAACCACGAGCUGAGAUGGGCGACAGACGUGCUGGGUCCGCUAGAUGAAGGUUCCGAGAUCAAGAAGCUGCGGCGGGAGCUAAGGCUUGCGAAGGGCGAGGAAGGCCGGGCGAAACGGCCGCUCAUCGCGCCUGCAGAUGCCGCCAAGAGGACCUGGAAAACCGACGCCGUUGAGCGGAUCGUGGUGAAUGCCUUUCUCUCAGCCCAGAAUCUGGAGUGCCACGGGCAAGGGCUCACCAUUGCAGAUGCGCAGGCAAAGGAAGACCAGGGCGACGACCGAUUCAACCUCGGCUACAUGGACUAUGUGGGCGACGGCUUCCAAGCCAUGUGA